AGUAGGGUGGUGCGUGGGCUACCCUCACUUGUGGGACUGGGGCCGCGGUCACCUGUGAGGGGCUGGGGUGGUGCCCCGAGUGUGCGCGUGCGGGUCUGUGUGCUGGGGGUGGCUCACCUGGCAGCGUGGGUGAGCGGCGAGGCGACGGCGGCGGCGAGCGAGAACGGGGAGCAGGUGUCACUUGAAGAAUGGAUGAUGAUGAUUUUGGUGGUUUUGAGGCUGCAGAGAUUUUUGAUGGUGGAAAUGGUGAAAACCAAACAACAUCUCCUGCUAUUCCUUGGGCUGCCUUUCCUACAGUGUCUGGAGUCCAUCUUUCACCAGCUUCUCCUGAGAUUGUACUGGACCAUGACCACUCUUCUGCUUCGGCUGGCUGCCUCUCUUCUGAUGCUAUCAUUUCAUCACCAGAGAAUACACAUGCAGACAGCAGCACUAUUCAGCAAUCAACACACACUCAUCUGGAUAUCUCACUUUUUCCAUUGGGUUUAACUGAUGAGAAAAGUAAUGGAACAAUUGCUCUUGUGGAUGAUUCUGAGGAUCCUGGAGCUAAUGUAUCAAACAUACAGCUUCAGCAAAAAAUUUCAAGUCUGGAGAUUAAACUCAAACUGUCUGAAGAAGAAAAACAGAGAAUUAAAAAGGAUGUAGAAUCAUUAAUGGAAAAGCAUAGUGUCUUAGAAAAAGGCUUCCUAAAAGAAAAAGAGCAAGAAGCCAUUUCUUUUCAAGAUAGAUACAAAGAACUUCAGGAAAAACAUAAACAAGAAUUGGAAGACAUGAGGAAAGCUGGUCAUGAAGCCCUCAGCAUUAUUGUGGAUGAAUAUAAGGCACUACUGCAGUCUUCAGUUAAGCAACAAGUAGAAUCUAUUGAAAAGCAGUACAUUUCUGCAAUCGAGAAACAAGCACACAAGUGUGAGGAGUUACUAAAUUCUCAGCAUCAGAGGCUCCUUGAAAUGCUAGAUACAGAGAAGGAACUAUUUAAAGAAAAAAUAAAGGAAGUUUUGGCUCAGCAGUCUCAAGAACAGAAGGAAAUAUUGCAAAAAUGUUUGGAGGAAGAAAGGCAAAGAAAUAAAGAGGCGUUGAAAUCUGCUGCAAAGCUUGAGAAAGAAGCGAUGAAGGAUGCAGUUUUAAAAGCCAUAGAAGAAGAAAGAAGAAAUUUGGAAAAAGCUCAUGCUGAAGAAAGGGAAUUAUGGAGGACAGAACAUGCAAAAGAUCAAGAAAAUGUAUCUCAGGCAAUUCAAAAAGCUAUACAAGAGCAAAGAAAAAUAAGUCAGGAAACUGUUAAGGAAGCAAUAAUAGAAGAGCAGAAGCGGAGUGAAAAGGCUGUGGAAGAGGCGGUGAAAAGAACAAGAGAUGAAUUGAUCGAGUAUGUAAAGGAACAGAAAAGGCUUGAUCAAGUCAUCCGCCAAAGAAGCCUGUCCAGUUUGGAACUGUUCCUCUCCUGUGCUCAGAAACAGUUAAGUGCUUUAAUAGCUACGGAGCCGGUUGACAUAGAGUGAAGAGAACAUGACAAGCUAACGUACACUGGCACUGAAUACAUCAUUAGACCUCUAAAAUACAUGCUAUGCAUUAUAAAGAUGCUUUUGUUUUAUUUCCAAACCUUGGAGAAUUGACUUCCACUUCAAGGAUAAACCAAAACAAUAUUUAGAACUAUCAAGUGAUCUAAUUUAUUUUCUUUUAUUUUCCCCUUUAUAUUUACUAUUAUUUUAUUAGUAGUAAUAGUAACACAAAAUGAUAUGUCCCAAAGCCAUUGAAUAGUGCCACAUUAUCAAGUUAAGUAAACUUUAUAGCCUCUGGUGGCCUGUUAUAUUGUACUCAUAUUUGGUAAAAGGAGUAAAUUAUCUUUAUUAUUGCUUCAUGAUGAUUCCUGAUAAGAUGCAAAAUGUAAUCAUACUUUGAUUUGAUUUUGAAGAUAAAAAUAGCAUGGAUUUCAGCAUCAUCUAUUAUCUAUGUAAAAUGCUGAUUUGAUAGAGAAUCAUUCUAUUACCAAACCUCUUUUCUGCAGGUGGAUCUGUGUAUUUUCAUUGGUCUACUGAAAACAAACAAUAUAAAUAAAAACACUAAAGAUUAUUAUAUUAAUUCCAUUUUGAUCUGAUGUACCACUUAAAGGGGUGUGUGUGAUAUGUGCUUAUUUCCUAUCUCUGCUCUUCAAAGGCACUAUGAAUCAAUAAAUUCAUUUUUCUUAUGAAUUGAACCGUGAACUUAAUCUCUAGACAGAGAAUAAAACUUGGCCAUUUAUAGGAAUUUAGGUUCAAAUAUAAGAUAUAUGUUAUCUUUUCCUAGUACUUCAGAAUGUAUCUAAUUCAUGAACAGUGUGCUUGGAUGCAAAAUCAUGAGUAUUUUUAACCUCAAAACUAAAAUGUCCUUAAAAUAUAUGUAUGCAAACGCUUUGUCUUAUUUUCUGAAAUGCUUCUACUUUCAUGGGCUUUGUACUUUUCUGGGAUU